CUCCUCUCCUCACUUGAGCUCUGAUCGCGAGCCUCAGUAACUUUCUACAGCGAGAGGGAUGCAGCGCGCGCUCAGCGCAGCCUGAAAAUGGCAACCCUUUGGAUUUAUCCGUCCCUUCUUUUCUUUCUCUUUCCCUCUCUCACGCCGAGUCAAGCCUUACGGAAUUACCCAGAGAAUGAAGUUACGUUGCUGGACACUAUGUCUGCUCUGGGAGACCUUGGCUGGGAGGCCUACCCGGCUGAAGGGUGGGAGGAAAUCAGUGUGAUGGAUGAGAGGAACACCCCCAUGCGCUCCUACCAGGUGUGUAAUGUGAUGGAGGCUAAUCAGAACAACUGGCUACGCACGCGUCACAUCCCACGAGAUGGAGCGCAGCGCGUCUACAUCGAGAUUAAGUUCACCCUGCGUGACUGCAACAGUCUGCCCGGAGUCCCUGGCACCUGCAAAGAAACUUUCAACAUGUACUACUAUGAGUCCAACAACGCCAACCUGUGGUUCAUCAAGGAGAGCCAGUACAUAAAGAUCGACACCAUCGCAGCCGACGAGAGCUUCACGCAGACCGACGUGGGCGAUCGCGUCAUGAAGCUAAACACGGAAGUGAGGGACAUCAGUAACUUGAGCAAGAAGGGUUUCUACCUGGCUUUCCAAGAUGUCGGAGCCUGCAUCGCUUUGGUGUCCCUGAGGGUCUUCUAUAAGAAGUGUCCUCUUGCCGUUCUGAACUUGGCCCAGUUUCCUGACACGGUGACAGGGGGAGAUUCGGCUCUGGUGGAGGUUAGGGGAUCUUGUGUGAACGACUCUGAGGAGUUUGAGGCGCCGAGGAUGUACUGCAGUGGAGACGGUGGAUGGCUGGUGCCCAUUGGACGCUGUGUCUGCAAGCCAGGCUUCGAAGAGAACAAGGACUUCUGUCAGCCCUGCAGGCCAGGCACCUACAAGGCCUCUUCCAUGGAUGCCUACUGCACCAAGUGUCCUCCUCACAGCUUCUCCCAUCAGGAGGAGGCCUCAGAGUGUUCCUGCGAGAAAGGGUUUUACAGAGCUGACAUGGACCCGCGCUCAAUGGCCUGCACCCGGCCUCCAUCUGCACCCGAGAACCCCAUCUCCACCCUAAAUGACACCUCUGUGACACUGGAGUGGAGUCCUCCGAGAGACAGUGGCGGGCGAGGAGACGUCACGUACAGCAUCCACUGCAGGAAGUGCGCCGGUGACGGCAAGACAUGCAGCCCCUGCAGCAAUAGUGUCCAUUUCAUACCUAGACAGUUUGGUCUCUCGAUCCCUAAAGUGUUGAUCACGGAUCUGCUGUCCAACACCAAUUACACCUUCAGCAUUGAAGCGGUGAACGGAGUGUCCGAUCUGAGCCCGACCCCUAAACAACAAGUGACUGUCAACAUCACCACCAGUCAGACAGUGAAUGUGAUCCUGAAAGAGAGGAAGAGUAAAGACAGCAUCACACUGGCCUGGCAGGGACCCGACAGACCGAACGGAGUCAUUGUGGAGUAUGAAGUCAUCUACUAUGAGAAGAACCAAAGAGACCAGAACUACACGGUCCUGAAGACCAAAGCCCACAUGAUGACGGUGGAGGGCCUGAAGCCGGGCACCACCUAUGUGUUCAGAGUCAGGGCGCGCACCGACGGGGGCUACGGCAGCUACGGCGGAGAGAUAGAGCUGGAGACCAGUCAUGAAGAUAUGCUGGCCAUUGGAGACCCUAACCAGUCCACAAUCCUCGCCGUGUCCAUAGCCGGUGGCAUUGUGCUCCUUAUCUUCCUGGUGGCGUGUUUUGUAGUGAGCGGACGACAUUGUGGCUACAUCAAGGCGAAGCAAGAUCCAGAUGAAGAAAAAAUGCAGUUUCAGAACGGGAGAGUGAAACUGCCUGGAAGCAGGACUUACAUUCACCCCCACACUUACGAGGACCCGAAUCAAGCCGUCCGAGAUUUUGCCAAGGAAAUCGAUGCCUCCACUAUACGGAUAGAGAGAGUUAUAGGUGCAGGUGAGUUCGGUGAGGUUUGCAGUGGCCGUCUGAAGCUCCCCAGCAAGAGAGAAAUCUACGUGGCCAUCAAAAGUCUGAAGGCAGGAUACUCUGAGAAGCAGAGGCGGGACUUCCUGAGCGAGGCCAGCAUCAUGGGUCAGUUCGACCACCCCAACAUCAUCCGACUGGAGGGAGUCGUCACCAGAUGCAAGCCUGUGAUGAUUAUUACAGAGUACAUGGAGAAUGGAUCGUUGGAUACUUUCCUGAAGAAACACGACGGCCAGUUUACGGUCAUCCAGCUGGUGGGGAUGAUGCGUGGCAUCGCUUCAGGAAUGAAGUAUCUGUCCGACAUGAGCUACGUCCACCGUGACCUGGCGGCUCGCAACAUCCUGGUGAACAGUAACCUGGUGUGCAAAGUGUCCGAUUUCGGCCUGUCCAGAGUGCUAGAGGACGACCCUGAAGCUGCGUACACCACACGGGGUGGAAAAAUCCCCAUUCGAUGGACGGCUCCUGAGGCUAUAGCGUACAGGAAGUUCACCUCAGCCAGUGAUGUCUGGAGUUACGGCAUCGUCAUGUGGGAGGUGAUCUCAUAUGGAGAGCGGCCUUAUUGGGAGAUGUCUAAUCAAGACGUGAUUAAAGCUAUAGAUGAGGGUUACCGGCUGCCCGCUCCGAUGGACUGCCCUGUGGUCCUCCACCAGCUGAUGCUGGACUGCUGGGAGAAGACCAGAAGCGAACGGCCCAAAUUUGGGCAGAUCGUCAACACUCUUGACAAACUCAUCCGCAACCCCAACAGUCUGAAAGAGCUCGCCAACAGCUCCGUCUGGGAAGACCCCAUCACCCCAGAGUUCAGCGUGAGUACGGUGGAUGAAUGGCUAGACGCUGUCAAUAUGGGCCAGUACAAGGACAAUUUUGCCAGCGCGGGCUACGUUUCUCUAGAUUCCAUACUGUACAUCAGCAUGUGCGAGUUAAGCAAGAUGGGUGUGACUCUGGUGGGGCACCAAAAGAAGAUUCUCUCCGCCGUCCAGAGUUUUCACGCACAGGGGACUCAUGUGCAGGUAUAACCGCCUGAGAGCGCACAGACUGAGAGAGUUCCCAACUGCUCCCACGACAGUCCCUUUCAGCAGCUUCACCGUACAGUUCCCGCAUACGACCACUCUGGCUUCCGUCCACGCACGUCCGAGCUUCCUACGAGCAGAGGGACACACCGAGACUGACCUACAAUCGCUUGACAAGGCCACGGCAAAUCUGAUAUGAAGUAUGGUUAUUAAACAAAUAAAGGAACAAUAAUACAUUAGGGAGAAUUCACAGCUUGUGCAUUUCAUUGGUGACGUUUUGCAUAUCAAAGGUCGGACUGUUGUUCAUGAAAAAGAGGGUUGUUGUUUGUUUUUCUCACAUCCAUGUUUGGGAUAUCAGUCCACUAUAAGCCACAGUACCAUAACAGAAGAUGUUUAUAGUAUAUUUAUUUUGUCAUAACUGAGGCAAUGGUUGAGCACCGAUGGAUUCAGGUCGCAGAAUCCAAUAUUCAGACGGAAAGACGACAGAAGUUUGCGUUCCUCCAGCAAAGAUGGCGACGAAAGAGGCCGUGUCAGCGCACGUGAGCGCAGGACGACAAGAUAAGAGCAUUAUAUUCUGUUUAGCCGAGAAAUAACUGCUCUUCGCUCAUCUGAAUAAGAAACCGUUUGACUUCCAGAUAUGUCUUAAAUAAAAAUUGAAAUGCCAACAUCAUUUUCGUGAUUAUAACGCGUGCGGCACGUUCGCAUCGUCUUUACGUUUACACUCGUAGUGUGUGGCGACUUGUACUAUAGUGUAUAAAAUGUACAGUGUUGAUUUAAAAAAAGAAGAGAAAACACAAGAAAAACUAGAAUGUUUGUAAUGAUGUACUUUUAUUUAGUAUGAAGAGGAGGAAGCGGCCGUGUGGUGGCGUUCAUCACCGUCGUCUGCCGAUAAUAACUCAUCUCUGGAAUGUAGCAUGGAUCCUAAGCUUCAUCUUUGAUUGACAGGUGACAGUGACUGCAGUUUUUCACUCAAGUGGUGCUCUUAGCUGCUUGACUUUAGAUGCCUUAUUAACUGUGCAGUUCUCUCUCUUUUUCUCGUCCUCCCCUUAGAAAUGAUAUCAUGAAGUAUAAUGUAUAUAGUAUUUAUCAUCGCGUCACUGAGAAGCUGGAGCUCGAUAUUAAAGCCAGGCUCGACAUGUUUACCGUUGUUUUAGUCUGCUGUUUGUGGAAACGCAUUCGAUCCGCGGCGCUGUCGCGGGUGCUUGUGGUUUAGGGACGGAAGGGUUUUAAUACAUCUAUUGGGCUGAACUAAAUUCCUCAUGCUAACUUUACCGAGACUGAUUUGCUGCACUGUAUAUUUUUGUACUAGUGAGGUUCUGUAAAGUCAAAGUCUACCUGUUUUAUUUAAAUAUAUAUGAGACAUAAAUACAGGAACGGAUGGUACUGAGAGAUAAUCAUAUUUCGGAUCACGAUUCCCUGAUGUCAUUUCUUUUAUGUCGUGAUUUGUUUCAAUUCUUCAGCUCAACACUGUAACAUCGCAAGAGCUACUCGGAAUCUGUAGGGUUUUUCCUCCAAAUUUCCUGCACUGCUUUUGUUUGCCGAAAGGAUUCGAAUAUGCUGAAUAUCUUUACUCAAAACUAUGGAAGCUUGUUUCCGCCAUGAAAUAAAAAAUAAAAAAGGUAGUUGCGACUUUUUAUCUCGCAAUUCUGACUUUUUUUCUCGCAAUUGCGACUUAUAAAGUCAGGAUUGUGAGAUAUAAACUCGCAAUUGUGUGUUAUAAUGUACAAUUGUGAGGGAAAAAAUACUGACGUUUUUCUCAGAUUCGCGAGUUUAUAUAAUGCAAUUCUGACUUUAUAACUCACAAUUGUGAGUUUAUAUUUUGGAAUUCUGAGGAAAAAAAGUCAGAACUUUAUAUCACACAAUUCUGACUUUAUAACACAAUUCUGACUUAAAACUUGAAAUUCUGACUUUAUAUUGCGCAAUUCUGACUUUAUAAUUCACAAUUCUGACUUUAUAACUCGAAAUUCUGAGUUUAUAAUUCACAAUUCUGACUUUAUAACACAAUUCUGACUUAAAACUUGAAAUUCUGACUUUAUAUUGUGCAAUUCUGACUUUAUAAUUCACAAUUCUGACUUUAUAACUUGAAAUUCUGACUUUAAAACUCGAAAUCCUGACUUUAUACCUCGCAAUUCUGACUAUAACUCAAAAUUCUGACUUUAAAACUCGAAAUUCUGAGUUUAUAAUUCACAAUUCUGACUUUAUAACACAAUUCUGACUUAAAACUUGAAAUUCUGACUUUAUAUUGUGCAAUUCUGACUUUAUAAUUCACAAUUCUGACUUUAUAACUUGAAAUUCUGACUUUAAAACUCGAAAUCCUGACUUUAUACCUCGCAAUUCUGACUAUAACUCAAAAUUCUGACUUUAAAACUCGAAAUUCUGAGUUUAUAAUUCACAAUUCUGACUUUAUAACACAAUUCUGACUUAAAACUUGAAAUUCUGACUUUAUAUUGCGCAAUUCUGACUUUAUAAUUCACAAUUCUGACUUUAUAACUUGAAAUUCUGACUUUAAAACUCAAAAUUCUGACUUUAUAUCUCAUAAUUCUGACUUUAUAUCUCAUAAUUCUGACUUUAUAACACAAUUCUGACUUAAAACUUGAAAUUCUGACUUUAUAUUGCACAAUUCUGACUUUAUAACACGCAAUUGUGAGUUUAUAUCUCCUCAAUUCUGAGAAAAAAGUCAGAAUUGUGAGAUAAAAAGUCACAAUUACCAUUUUUUAUCUUUUUUUUUAGUGGUAGAAACAAGCUUCCAAACAAAACUCUUUUGAAAUGUAAUUAUGAGUAAAAUAAAUAUGUCAGAAUUCUGAGGCCACAGAUUCUGAGUGGCUUUAAUUAAGCACACACAACCACAGUUCCUUCAGCCAAUUUUUAUGGAAAAUCCAUCAUCAUGCCAUUAAAUUAUGUACUGGAUAAUUUGCAUAAAUGCUGAAACUUGUACUAUGUUUCAAAUGUUGACAUAUUUAGUUUUUCUAAUUAAAACAGCAACAAGAAAACAUUUAAAAGUGUAAAUCAUACCGAUAUGAUCACCACUACUGCACUUUUCUUUGAUUUUGCAUAUUUUCACACACUUCCUCAAACAAGUGAUUAUGCAUUUAGAUGAAUUCAUUUCUUCUAUCCUGAGAUUAGUUAAUGAACCUUAUACUGAUUUCAAUAUGUAAAAUAAUUGCAGAAGGCCAGAAUCUCAUCCAUUUCUAUGAGAAAAAGACGUCUAGGGAGGAAAUAUGCUGAUGUGGCAAAAUUGGCUGCAUAAAAUCCCAUUGAAACAAUGUUGAUGAUGAUGAUAAUGGCAAUAUUAAUAACCAUUAAUAAAACAUAAGCUCCAGUUUCUACUACUGCAACAUAAACUUUCCCAUUUUGCAAAUACAGCUGCGUAAAGAAAUCUAUCUAUAUAGUGUAUCUGCUCACCAAAUGAAUGAAAGAAGGUGUUUGUGUGACUAAAGCGUGUUAGAAGGACGUGGACUGUUGUUAAUAUGAUGACCAUUGCUUAUGAAGCUGUUGUCUUUUGUUCUGCCCCGGCUCUGUACAUGUGUUUGGGCUGAUUUGUGAAUGAUCUCUGUUCUUUUGUAAGCUGUGUGCCCAUCAUCUCUUCACACACUGCAGGUUUCUAUGAGCUCGCAAAAAAGGGUGUACGCAUUGAGGUUCUUCAUGUCGCUGUAAUAAAUGCUAAUAUUUUUAAUUUCUCACCUGAA